AUGGUCGUUGUCGGUCUGCGAUUCUACACUAGGAACCUGCAGAAAGUGGCCAUUGGAAUUGAUGAUUAUCUUAUAAUUCCUGCGCUGCUUGCAAGCCUCGGGCAAGUUGCGCUCUACAUCUACUUGGUCAAAGAAGGUGGAAUCGGUUACCACCUUGUGGAUGUGAUGAAAACACCACAGAAGCUUAUUACAUUGGAAAAGGGCCUUUAUGCAAACGAGAUUCUGGACUUUCCCUUCACUGUCACUCCCGCCAAGUUAUCAAUUCUUCUGUUCUACCUCCGCAUAUUUAGUCUCCGCACCUUUCGAACCCUUGCAUAUGUUGUGGGAGCGAUUGUUCUGGGUCACGGAGUAGGAGUGCUCUUCGCCGCAAUUUUUCAGUGCUGGCCAAUCGCAUAUACCUGGGAUUCAUCAAUUGCAGGUACCUGUUUUAACCAGCAGGCGUUUUAUCGAUGGGUAUCUCUACCAAACAUAUUGACCGAUGUCAUCAUUCUGGUGAUGCCUUUGCCCUACGUUUGGAAGCUGCAUACUGCGUUUGGACAUAAACUGGCAUUGACAGGUGUGUUCCUGUUAGGAAGUUUAGGAACCGUGUUUAGCAUCUUACGAAUGACAACGUUCUUCCAAGAGAAUGCAACGACGGACCCAACUUGGGUAUCCGUCAAGCUCGGUAUUUGGACUAUUCUCGAGGGUGGGAUCAUAAUUAUCGCAGCUUGCCUGCCUUCCAUUUGGCCAUUGAUAUCCAAGAUGCUUCCACGAAAGCUGCUCAGGACCCAGACUCCAAUAAGGCAGUUGCCCCAAUACGGUUACCAUGGACAGUCUGCCAGCAUAAGUGUUGGAGAUGGGUUCUCACGACUGGGCAAUGACAGCUUAGAAGUGAUAAAACCAAAUGGCUCCGAAACCUCCCGCGCAGUGUCCGAUCGACAUACCGAUGAAACGGAACUAAUAUCCCUGCACAUAUAA